AUGCCAAGUGAUACGUUUCGCUUGGAGUCUUUUCGGCAGUGGAAACCUUUCCAGAACAAAUCGCAGCCUCCGCGGGAAUCUCUCGAUGUUUGUCAUUAUCCAAGUCUUGUCUCGAUCACCGCCACGUCUACUUCGUCAAAUUCUCGUGGCUCACCGAGGUACCCAAAUGUUCAUUCUCAUACGUCCGAGCGACACCCCCUUCCUCCUCGACCGCCGGUGGAGGUUUGCUUGAACGACAGCCUACCACAGGAGAUAAGCACCCAGCACCAACCCACUGUGGUGAAUCAGACAUCAUGCUUGGACCUCGGAGUUGAGGCGCUCGACUUCGAGGAUACUCCACACCUGCAGGAUUUAUCCAGCCCUGGAGAUGAGGCCCAUCCGCUGAUCUGUGAUAGCUUGGGCUAG